AAUGCUAUGAACAUAUUACAUGCGUGUGUGCUUUGUAAUUUUGAUAUAAAAUAGUUUUGGGUUAAUUUUGAAAUGAUUAUUCUUCAUUAUAUUGGCUUUCUGUUCCCAACAGAGAGAAAAAAAUGAAAAUUCACUCAUGAAAAUAAAUAAGAAAGAAAGUAAAAAAAUAGAUGCAACGGCUAUUUCUUAAAAUGGCGUCGCUGUAUUCAAUCAUAGUCCGUGUAUACAAACACAUACAAACGCAUGCAAACCAGCUUAUAUUUGUAAGUGUAAUUUGUGUAGACUUUUGGACCGCGGUGGCCAUGUUUUUGUCAAUUUCAUUUGUGAAGAGUGAAGUAAGAGAAGCGUCAGUCAGUGAAUUUAUGCGAGAAGUUUACCUUUUAACUAAAGAAAAUAAUCAAACCGCUGGAUUGGUUAAAUAAUUUACUUUUUCGAAAAGUGGCGUGCACGCCAAACGACGUAUUUGACAGAAGCAAAAAAGAGUGUUUACUUAUUUUUGAAGAGUGCAAACAGUAAAGAAAAUUACAACCAAAUCAAAACAAUUUAAUAUUAAAUUUACGCCUGAAUAAAAUUCAAAUUUCUUCGUUGCUCAAAAAGAACAUUCGGAAAUGGGAAAAGAAAUUGAUCCAGCUGAUAUUGGCAAAUAUCCCGAGGUCAUCAAAAAGGCACAAGCCGAAAUGUCGAAUAUGGAUGUUCUAGUUUGCGGCCAGUGCAACAACGUAUUCCAUUUCAUCGAGAAGUUUCGUGAACAUAAAUUAACUCAAUGUUCAAAAUCAUCAACCUUGAAAGAUAAUUUGGAAACAAAACCGGUGAUUUGGUCAUUUUUACUGUGGAAAGCAUCUCAAUUAAAUCAGGACCAGUCAAAAGAUUCCAAUGCUUGGCGUCUAUAUCAAAAUUGGAUGAAGCUGGAUGAGGCUAUCAAAGAAACUUGGGUCGUUGCAGGUCGGACAAUUCAAUCUUUUGCUAAGAUUGGACAUGGUAGCUUACAAGAAAUGCCGGUAAAAAUUACGAAAACUGUUGUUGACAAUUCGGCUGAACCGGUUCGUGGACGACAGCUUGUUACAAAUCGUGUGGUAAACAAAACGCCCAUGUCUCAAAAAGAAUUGGAUGCCAGCUUCAAUGAAUUGAAAAACAGCGAGACGUCAAUACCGAUCGGUGUGAAACGUCCCAUUGUGCGUUCUCCUCCUUCUAAAAACAUCAUUACUCGAGUUGGUACAACUGUCAUUCAAUCAAAACCAGGUGUUGUUUCGCGGGAAGCUUGGCGUACAAUUGGAAGUACAGCCAACGGUAGUAUGCAGACGAAAGAACAUCGUAUCGAAAAGAUUCUGGCAAAACGUUUUAACCCGCGUCAAAAAGAACAUGAAUAUCUAAUUAAGUGGGAAAAUAUAUCUCACGAAAACAAUACAUGGGAACCAGCCUCUCAUCUUGAACCUUGCCCGGUUCUACUUGACACAUUUGAGAAACAGUUGGCACGGCAAAAGGAGCAACGACAGGCUCAAGCUGCUAAGCUUGCCCAGGCUCAAGCGCAACAAGCACAAGAAGAAAGUAGAGCCAAUGACAGCGUAUCAAGUCAAUCUGAAGAUGAUAGCGUGUCCGGCAUCAAGCGCAGGAAAUUGGAAACUUCUCCACUUAAGGUGGUUAAUAAGGCUGAUGCAAGCACACAGAAUCGAUCAACUUUCAUUGGAAAAGCUAAACCGAACGGAAUACAAACUAUUGCAUCAAAUGAGAAAUCUGCGGAAGUUGUAAUCACAAAUGCAAAAGAUGGUAAACAAACGGGAAUCGUUAAGAAAACUGGAGUCUCAAUCAAUCCAGUUCCAAAGAAUGAAGCACAAGUAAAAGUCAUUCCAAAAGGCGGCGAUUCUGUCAGCGGUGUAGUUCGUGUGGGUAGCAAUCAGCUAGGCACAUCACAACAAAGAAUCGUUCAAAAGUUGGGAAAUACAACGGUUAAAACGGUACAGAACAAUAUUCGUUCAGCUGUAAAAUCACAACCAAGGACGACACCAUCUGUCGUCGCCGCUCCUACUCGUACUCAAUCUGUGCAUCAAUUGAGCACAGUGAAUCAGGCCAGAGCCGGAGUUAAGCCAACAAUUACCCGAGUUGUGAAAAGCGCACCAAGUUCCAAAGCCGCAACACCUGAACAGAAAAUUGCCGCACUAACCCGCCAAGGUAAUCUGAAAAUAACUCGAAAAGUUAUAAAUGCGCCAAUUAACGCUCAGUCGAUCGCCUUGCAAGGUGACGAAGAAUUCAAUUUGAAUGAACCUUUUGUUGCAAAUAUCGAUUCGAGAAUUGAACCACAAGAACAACAACAAAUGCCAUUAGUCGCAACUCAAAUUUUAAGUCCAGUCGAUGCAUCGGGGUCUUCAGUUGCCUUAAUUGAUACUACACAAUUAGAAGCAAAUGUAAGUGAAAUUAAAAAAGAGAGCGAAGAUAUUGUCAUGAAUGAAGAGCAACUUCAACAGCUUCAACAAGCUGGUGGUAUUGUCACUGAUCAAGAUGGGAUACAGCAAAUUUUGGCAGCAAGUGAAGAUGGAAGUCAGCAAUUGAUACAGUUCGUUAAUGGAGAAGAUGGAACGAUAUAUCAGGUAGCUGGUAAAAAUGAGCAAGGUCAAACUAUCUUAAUUGCACAAGGAGCUGAUGGUGAACAACAAUGCGUUUAUGUUGCUGCUGAAGAUAGCGAAGCACUUGGUUUGGAUGAAGCAAACAAUGGCGUACUGUCAAUUGACGGCAAUUUAGUUGAAACUAAUGCAGAAGUUCAGCAACAAUUGCAUCAACAAUUAGUAGGGGAUGGUCAGCAAAGCAUCCAAUUCUCGAUUGGAACUGAUGAAGCCGCUGCAGUACAAAAUGUUCAUCAGCCAUUAGCAGUAGCUACGGAAGAUGGUGACUCACAAGAUGGACAAAUCACAGCAGAAGUUGUACAAGCCGAUUUACCAUCACCAGGAGGAACGCGACGCGUUGUGCUUCAGUUGCCAGAUGGCACUUUCAUGGUCACCGAAGUGGAUGAAGAACAAUUCAAAGCUCUGAACAUGCAAGGCUAAGUCUAUUUUAAAUAUAAUUAUCUUAAAACUUUAUAUUUUCUUUAAGAAUACUUACUUUAAUACUUACGUUUUAAAAAUAAACCUUCAAAGAAUUAAACUUGAAUUGACAUGAAGAAAGAGGAUGAUGGAACUUUUUCUUUCUCAAAAUUUAAUUAAUAUCAUUUUUGAACGAUUAAUUAUUGAAAACGUACUCAUUACGUACCAUUUUCAUUUUUUCGAGUUGUUUUCCAUAUGCAACAUUUUAUGUUAAUUUGUAAGGCAUAAAAAUGUAACUGUUAGAAACGAUAAAUGUAAAAAAAUAAACAUAAUGAAAAUCAAA